AUGGAACGGUUAGUAGAUAUAUUUCCCAGGCAUGUUAGACUGUUUGUUCAGAAUGAUGCUGUGGCAGCUCUUGCCAGUGGGACAAUGGGAAAGCUUCAUGGAUGUGUUUUAAUUGCUGGUACAGGAACCAUUGCUUAUGGAUUUACAGAAGAUGGGAGAAAAGCUCGAGCUGCUGGUGCAGGACCCAUCUUAGGUGAUUGGGGAAGUGGAUAUGGUAUAGCUGCACAGGCAUUGACUGCAGUAAUAAGGGAUCAUGAUGGUCGUGGUCCGCAUACGACGCUUACACGUAGUAUACUACAGGCGCUUAAUCUUUCUUCUCCAGAUGAACUUAUUGGGUGGACCUAUGCAGACCCAUCUUGGGCUCGAAUUGCAGCUCUUGUUCCAGUUGUAGUAUGUUGUGCAGAGGCGGGUGAUGAAGUUGCGACUAACAUCUUGCUAGAUGCAGUUCAAGCGUUAGCUUCAAGUGUUAAAGCUGUUGUUCAAAGACUGGGUUUGAGUGGUGAAGAUGGGCAGUCUUCUUUUCCUCUUGUCCUGGUUGGUGGUGUUCUUGAACCCAAUAAGAGGUGGAAUAUAGGGAAAGAAGUAAUGAAUUGUAUUUCCAACGAGUUUCCAGGGGUUCGUCUAAUUUGGCCAAAGGUGGAACCUGCAAUAGGAGCAGCAUUGCUUGCUUGGAAUUUUUUGAUGAGACAUUGGCGACAGCAAGCCUUUAGAAGUUGACUGUUGAUCAUUCUAAAUGGUUUGUAUAGCAGGAAAGAAAAAGAACAAAAAAAAAAUAAAGAGAAAAUAACAAUGAUUGUUUUUCCAAGUGUGGGGAUAAUUUUCUUAUUUUUUUUUCUUGGUGAGUAUAGUCUAUUUUAGUCUUAUGUUAGUAGACUGAUUUAAGUUGAAAUUGUAAAUGUUCUAUACGGAAAAAAGAAAAAAAAAAGUUUUGAAAAGAGUGAGUGAAAACAGGUGAUUUGUGUUAGAUACCCAUGUUGCUUGUGUUGCAUUUGGCCAUUUUUUGUUUUUAAGUUUCUAUUUGUAAGCAUCUUUG